AUGGGCUCCUCUACUAGCGUGCCAAAACCGACCGCAGAAGAUUCUGAAAAGGCUAAGAAGGCCAGGAAAGACCAGAAAGCGGCUAAGAAAGCGGCCAAGGAGGCCAAGAAACAGGAGCAUAAGGAGUGGGUGGAGAGUAGAAAUGAGCUUAAUAGGGUUAGGAGGUUGUCGCCCGUGGACUGGGAGAUCGAGAUGAGCUACAACGCCUCCAGAAACUUACCACCCGAUGAUAUGCCACUCGCCGAACAACUGAAAUGGAUGCGGGAGCAAAAGGAAAAGGGGUCAUCAUCGAAAUAA